AUGGCUUUCACUGCCGCCUUCCCUCUUCUCACCGCCUGUGCAACCCACUCGUACCGAGUUGGGCCUCUAGCCCCAAAUUCUCGCCCAAUCAUCCGUCUUAACCCUAGCAAAAAGGCUGUCAGGAUCGAAGUCUUCAAACGCAUCAGGCCGGCAGUCAAGCCACGUCCUACCCCUCUCAAGCGUCGCCGAGCCGCUGAUGAUGACCAGGGACCACCCAAGAAGCGCAGGAAGUGA